AUGUCAAAAUCGAUCAAGCUUUGUGAUAUAUCAGACUAUGAAAAGUUUAUUGAUAAAUUCGAUACAUUUUUACUUGAUUGUGAUGGUGUUUUGUGGAAGGGAGGUGAUACAUUACCAGGCAAAAAACUUUUGUUCGUUACGAAUAAUAGUGCAAGAUCUCGUGCUGAUUAUGUUGAAAAAUUCAAGAAAUUGAAUAUUGAAGCACAUGAGGAUGAGAUAUUUAGCUCUUCUUAUGCAUCCGCUUAUUAUCUCAAGAAUGUUCUAAAAUUUCCAAAAGAGAAGAAAAUCUAUAUUAUUGGAGAAUCUGGGAUUGCCGAUGAACUAGCCUCUGAAGGAAUUCGUCAUUGUGGUUUGAGUGAUAACGAUCAACAAUUUAAACCUGAGGAUAUCGUUCCAGAUCCAGAGGUUGGCGCAGUUCUUUGUGGUAUUGAUUUUCAUAUCAAUUUCAAAAAAUUAGCAAAAGCUUUAUAUUAUUUAAAAACAAAUUCCGACUGCAUCUUCUUGUUAACCAAUGAUGAUGCAACUUUCCCAGCUAGCGGUUUUAUUGCUCCUGGUGCUGGUGCAAUUUCUGCUCCGUUAAUAACAGCAUUGAAUAAGAAACCAGAUGCCAUAAUGGGAAAACCAAAUAAACCAAUGAUGGACUGUAUUGCCCAAAAAUUUAAAUUAAAUCUCGAACGAACUUGCAUGAUCGGUGAUCGUUUAGAAACCGAUAUUCAAUUUGGAAAUAAUAAUGGUGUUACUACUUUAUUGGUAUUAACAGGUAUUGCUGCGGAGAAGGACAUUCUUGUUGACAAUGCCCCUAUUAUUCCUGAUUAUUACAUGUCCAGUUUUGGUGAUUUUGCCAAACUUUGCUGA